CCGAAGAUGACGUCGGAGCGUUCUCGAAUCCCGUGUCUCUCGGCUGCUGCUGCCGAAGGAACAGGGAAAAAGCAACAAGAAGGAAGAGCAAUGGCGACACUGGAUCGCAAAGUGCCCAGUCCGGAGGCGUUUCUGGGCAAACCCUGGUCCUCCUGGAUCGACGCCGCCAAAUUACACUGCUCCGACAAUGUAGAUUUAGAAGAGGCUGGAAAAGAGGGUGGAAAAAGCAGGGAGGUUAUGAGGCUUAAUAAAGAAGAUAUGCACUUAUUUGGCCAUUAUCCGGCACAUGACGACUUCUAUCUCGUCGUGUGCAGUGCCUGCAAUCAGGUCGUCAAGCCCCAGGUCUUCCAGUCGCACUGCGGAGCCCUGUUGAUACCAUUCAGCAAAUGCCAACAAAGCAUUUACUUUCCAAAGGGAGAAAGCAAGACAGCAAGAGAAAUGCAAGCGUCUCCUGGAGUGGAGCGGAGAGCAGCCAAGCCCUAGAUCAGCGUCAGGUGUGAGCGUGGGGAGUGCAGAAGAUUUGCACACCUUCCGGAAGACCUCGCAGGACUGGCAUGGUCUGGAGAAGGCUUUCCUGGAAGAGGAGACUCCAGCACAGCCCUGAAGUGUGGACACGCUCGCACGUACAGCAAAUUCGUGAGCACACUCUGGUGACAGGGUCGAGUGAGGACAGGGGCGUGAGCAGAGCACGGGGCACCUGUGGGGUUCUCCUCUCCAUUUUCACCACCACCACCCCGGUCCAAGCUGCCAUCACUGCUCACCGGGACAACUGCAAAAGCCUUCGGCUCUUUGCCCUGCUUCCACUCUUGCUCCUCUACAAUCCAUCCUGCACACCAGAGUCAGAAUCCAAAUCAAAGUUAAUCAUGUCAUUCUCUUGACUUGUGGCUCUCAUUGCUCUUACGCUGAAAGUCAACAUCAUUAUCAUGGCUACAAAGUUGUGUGUGUUCUGGACCACUGCCUGUGCCAAGCUCCCCUUUUACUCUGUAUGCCAGUCAAGCUGGCCUUCAGAAUUUCAGCACAUUGUGUCUUCCUGCCACAGGGCCUUUGCACAUGCUUUCCCUGCCUCCCUUUCUUUAUGAUUUUAUUACAUCCUCUCUUCCCAAAGCUAACUCUGACUCAUCUUUCAGAAUGCAUCUCCGUAAUUACUUCCUCCUGGAAAACGUCCCUAAUUUUCAUAUCCAGAUUAGUUCUCCCUUAGGUAUUGAAAACAAAUAUUUAUGGUGUGAACACAUGUUUAAUAUCUGUCUCCCUAACUGUGCCACAAGCUCUGUGAAGGCAGGGACUCAGUCUUUGCAUCCCUGAGCCUAGCACAGUCUCAAUAACUAUGUAUUGAUCAUAUCAUGACAUUUAAUUAAGAACAGCAAGACUGAUAGAAAAAAAUGAUACUUGACCCAGGAGAGUACCAUUAUGAAUUCUUAAUGGGAUAAAAACCGGAAUUCAUGUCCAGACCCUGACACUUGCUGGCUGUGCUAUUUUAAAUCACAAAUUCUCUUAGAGACUGUCUUCUUAUCUGUAAAAUGGGGACACUAGCAGCCUUCUGAUGGGGUUACAGUGGUAAUUUCAUGAAAUUAUGUAUAUAAAGGCAUUUUUAAAACUGUAAAAUCAAACAUAAAUAUACUUUGUCAUUUUU